AUGGCGGAGGGCAACCAGAGGUCGAGGAAGGUCAUUACAGGUCUGAGUGUCCUGGGGAUUGAAAAGCGCUACGUGCCCAAUAAACAUUACUUGUACAUCCUGUCCGUGAAGUGGUCUGAAGGUAGCGAGUUCAUCAUCUACAGACGAUACAGCGCUUUCUUCCAGCUUCAUCAAAAGCUGUCCGAGUUGUUCCCAAUAGAGACGGGAGCAGUAAGCAAGAAAGACCAGACGAUUCCACCACUACCAAAGCAGGGAUGGUUCGGAAACGAGAAGUUCAAGGUCGCAGACGAGAGAAUGCCGGCGAUCUACGAAUAUUGCCGAAAAGUCACGAUGGCCGAGCCGAAGAUUUCCGAACACAAGGAGGUGCUUUCCUUCUUCGAGACUCUACCAGAAGACCUGACCCCUCCUCCUCCCGACCCGAAGAAACCAAACAAGACGUACCUGACAUUCGAGUCAAAAAGCGGAGCUCGAGGAAACAAAGUCAAGGAGAAGUCAGGAGAGGACCUGGAGAUCUCUGCGCCCAUCCUGCUGGAGACUUACCGGGCGAUCGCCACCUUCACCCCGAGCGGGAAAACCGAGGUCCGCCUGGAGGAGGGAGCGCACGUGGACGUGGUGGAGAAGAACAUGAGCGGCUGGUGGUUGGUUCAGGUGGACGACAAACAAGGCUGGUGCCCCGCCUCUUACCUGGAACUUCUGGACCAACCAGAGGAGAGAGACGAGGAACGGCCAAACUGGGAAGGUGAAGAGUUCCUGACGACGGAAAAGUACGAGCCACAGAUAGAUGACGAGAUCGGUUUUGAUAAAGGCGUGAUUGUUCAUGUGCUUCACAAGCUCCUGGACGGCUGGUGGAUCGUGCGGUACAACGACAAGGUAGGUUACGCACCUAGCGCCUACCUUCAGAAGUACAACAACCCCCACCUGCCCCUCCACAAGGCCUGUGCGAGGAUAGACAGCGACAAAUCAACCAGCUCCUUCAUCAAGAGACUGCCUCGAAGAAGGUCCACUAUCCGGAGGAAAAGCAGCGCCCAUGGAAAUGAGCCCAAGCAGCGCGACCUGCAAAUUUACAGGCGCAAAACUUUGGAGGCCUCAAAACGAUCUCGCCUAGCAGCCAUGGCAAAGGAGGCAUACAGGAGGGUCGGCACGGUGCCAGAGAAACCUGGAGAAGCAGUUGCCAAUACUGCACCGGAGGAGUACAUCUUUCCUGAAAACACAGCCAAGACGUCUGUGGAUUAUUCUUACGCGAACGGAAGUGUGGUAGAGGACAUUGCCAGCCGAAAAGCCAACUCAUAUGAUCCACGUUCAACUUUAACAGGACCAAACAUGGUCACAGAAUCGUGUCACAGUACUAGUAAAUCCUCUACAAAAUCCGUCUGGGCGCCAGCCUUCGUCGAUGAAGAAAAGGACAAGAAGAAUUUUCCAAAGGAUCCGACUUACAUCGACAGUAACACUGCGCCGUCCAUGGCGGGAAAAAAGACGCGCUUAAAAGAACAGACUGCCCGGUAUCUGAAUCUCGGAUGCGUGCCCGACACCCCCGUCUCUUCGAGUACUUGGAACAAAGGACCGAACUCUGACAACAACGCCGCUUCUACUGACUCCUCUUACGAGAACAUUGACGUGCAACAACAAAAUAUCACAAAAGGAACUACAACAACGCGGUCAGAACGUAGGCCAAGAAGUCCAAGGUCUCCUCGUGCUCCCGUUCCAGUACCCAAGGGUACAACCUCAAACCUACUGUCACUAGAAACAGGCAGGGAGCUCAGGUCCAAUAGCGGUAGUUCAAAUCCGAAGAGCGGGCGUACCACGCCUAAAAGCGGUCGAUCUAGCCACAGGAAUAGCCGACUAAGCCCAAGUAUUCCUGCUAGACCGACUGCAGCAGAAAUAGCGGCAAAAUGCACCCCGCAAACCAAACAACGGAUUGGUCAGUCUCAGUAAGCCCCAGAAGAUUCUGUUCUCAGAGCUCGAGGUAGCAAUAGUCCUAGGAGCGGUCGUUCAAGUCCAAAGAGCGGUCACGUCACAGCUUGA